UUCCCCUUUUAAAGAAGAGCCGGAGGCUCCCACCCUCGCCGCGUCAGCCCAUGCGGGGCUGCGGCGACGUUGCCCUUUUAAGAGAAAGCUUCUGUUAACCCUCUCUUAACGGGGCGUCCCGGCGGGGGGCUCCCGGCGCUCGCCAGCAGCCAGCCUCCUCCCCGCGCGGCAUUUCCGGACCCCCGCCGUUGCCCUUUUAAGAGGCAGCCCCCAGCAGCGCUUUCCCCCGCCCCUUGUUGCCGGCGCGCGAGGCGGGGGAGCCCGGCUGGAGCAGAGAGCGCUGUCCGCGCGGCCACUGGAGACCGGGCGGCCGGCGGCCGGGCAGGCGGCGGCGGCGGCGGAUGGGGACUUGGAGUCGGGCGACUGUUGCGGCUGUGGCUGUGGCGGCAGCGAGGAAGCAACUGACGGGCCGGCGGCGGCGGCGGCGCUGGCGGCGGUGACUGGUCCAGGCCCCGGCGGCGGCUGCAGCUACGCGGUGGCGGGCUGCGGGCUGGCGGCGUGAGGAGCGGCUGCGGAGAGCCGAGCGGCCGGGAACCGAGGGCGCCGGGCCGCCCCUUGCCCAGUCCUCGCAGGCCGCCAGGCCCCCUCCAACCGGGGCCGUGGAGCACCGGGGCAAAGGCCGGGGCCCCCCCAUGAAGGAGCGCGACGCGGCCCCGGCCGAGCGGGGCAAGCCGGCCACCUACACCGGGGACAAGAAGGCGAAGAUGGCGGCCAAGACCAACAAGAAGUGGGUCCGGCUCGCCACCGUGUUCGCCUACGUGCUCUCCGUGUCGCUGGCCGCCAUCGUGCUCGCCGUCUACUACAGCCUCAUCUGGCAGCCGGUGGGCGCCGGGACCUCGGGGGGAGCCGCCGGCCCGCCCCCCGGCGGCUCCAACGCCACCGGCCCGUCCGGGACUUCGGGGGCGGCGGCGGGGCCAAACAACACGGGAUUGUCCCGCCGCGAGGCGCCGCGCGACGCGCCCCCGCUGCAGGCGGCGCGGCCAGUGUCUCCGGAACCCUCUCCCGACAGCCCCCAGGCCGGGCCGCUGGAGCAGCCGCGGGGGGCCGAGGACGAGGAGGAAGCGGCGGCGGCGCCGGGCAGUCGUUGAACCCCUCGGUGGCAGGGGCGGCCGGAAACCAUCCUCCCCAAGCCCGGAGGCAGGACUUUGCAGCAGGACCGGGCGGGGAGCCCGCGGAAGUGACCCCCACGGGAGUGAACGCCUCUCUUCCCCCGAUGAUCGCCGGCUAGCCCCAGGGAAUCCUUUGAACUGGCAGGAGAACAUGUGGGAGCCCAGUCCCCUGUCCCCAUUCUGACCCCUGCCUUCUGGACUGUUGAAUCCACUCUGGGAUGGAUCGGCGUCUAGAGAGACCACUCGUGGGUUCAGCUGUUGGCCUCCUGACUCUAACGCCUUCACUGGAAUUGGGACAUCAGCUCCAGCCCCAGCUGGGAGCGUGACCAGAGACAUUAUUUAUAAUUCAGCCAUUUAAGAUAUACCUGUACUCAAAAAGUCCUGUAUAUUUUUUAAAAGUUUUAUUUUUCAGGUGAACAAAAAUACAUUCUAAGAACUCUA